CUCACUGGAAAAAAUGGCUACAGGCGGCAGGGGCGGCGGCCGCGGCAAAUUAGCCUACCGUCCUAUGCCCGGAACUAUCUACAUUGAUACAUUGACCGGCACAAAGUACAUCCUUGAAAAAGUAAUCGGAAUUUGCGAUUUCCAUUUCAUCUACAAAGCUAGUUACUACACCGCCGAAUCCACCAUCGAAGGCCGUCUCCUUCCUACAGGAUACGCCACCGUAAAGUUCAUCGAACCAGGAUGUGAUGUCUAUAAAAGCAAGCUGGCGCAACAAUCGGUGCGGAAUUCGAACAUGAUUCACGUCGAGAGCUGGUGUAUUCAAAAAUACAUAUAUGGAUACUGUGUUGCAUUUCCUUAUAUGUCAGAAGGAUCGCUCCGUUACAUUCUGUCAACUCGAUUUCAGAACGGAUUACCAGAGGACUGUAUUGCUAUUGCUCUUAAAGAAGCGCUUCUAGGUUUAUUUGGUCUUCAUUUUUCCGGUCGAGUUCAUAAGCGUUUCAGUGCUGGGAGUAUCUACGUUAAUUUCAAACCGAGAUCUGUUUUGAAUGUCGAAAUUAAAUUGGGAUAUGCAACAACGAUUUACGAAUCGGAUCUGGAAAUGCCUAUCGUUCUGAAACGCAGACCAGAAACAGGCAAUCAACCAUACCUUGGCCUAAAAGGAAGAAAACGUGGUGGACCUCCGAUUCUAGAUCUAUCAUUUUUGGCAGAUUGGGCUGCUGCACCGGAGAUAUUCCAUUUAUACUUUUAUGAUUCUGAUAAUGAGAAUAGAAAUCCAGCUGAAUCAUUGUCUCGAGAUCAUAAUGAUGAGAAGUACAGUGUUAAAUCUGAUAUCUGGUUAGUUGGUAUAGCAGCAUUGGAAUUAGCGUAUGGAAAUUUAAGAAUAAGUCAUCGCGAAGAACUGGAGGGUUUGAUUACGAAGAUAGAGAGGUCGAGAAGUUUGCCAGAUAAGUUGGAAGAUGUGCUUGAGGAGUAUCAUGAAGAAGAAAAGAAAGGGAAAACGAAGAAAGUAAUGGGAUAUUUGAUGGACAAGAUGAAGUUCGUGCAAUGUAAUAGAGCUAACAAGUUUUCGAAAGAGUUUGAGGAGUUGGUGUUGGAUUGUCUUUCUACCAAAGAAUCAAAGAGGCCAUCAGUUGUAGAUCUACUGCAGAGGCCAUUUUUUCGGAAUGCUAAGAACUUGCAAUGGUUUCAACGCUGCGUGUUGUAUGCUAAGGAUUCAAUGCCUUAUUACUGAUAAUAGUACUGGUAUUGCUAGCUAGAACAAAUUCACAAUGCUGAUAGAUUCUGUUUUGUGUGUCUGAUUUCUCUGUGGCUAAAACUAGUUAG